GUUAGGAUAUUUUAAGGUGCCAGAAUAGUUGGCCAGGAUAUCUCAACGUGCCAGUUGGUCAGGAUAUUUUAAUAAAACAACUUUUGGCCAGGAUAUUGUAACCAAUGUCGACACAUUCAAGACACAGCUCGGGAGCGUCAGUUGUCUCUUUUCGCCUGGGAGGCAAAACACUUCUCAUCCCCGGGGAGGACAAGGACACACCCCCGGCCACCAAGAGCGACCAGCUGGCAGCCCUUUACAGCAGCGGCUCCGACUCUGUCAAGAUGAACGGGCCAGGCGCACCCUCUCACGGCGCCACCCCCCAUAGCGCCGCCCCCCACAGCGCCGCCCCCCAUAGCGCCGCCCCCCAUAGCGCCGCCCCCCAUAGCGCCGCCCCUGAACACAGUACAUCGACCAAGGAGUUUGACCGGAAGUUGUCCUCGACGACCAUGGAUAGCGGCAAGUCGGAGACGGACACCCGGGGCCCCGGUAGCCCUGACGACUGUGCCAGCGACAUCGUCACGUUACUCAGGAACACACAGAAGCCACAGGCACACGGCCGUGAGUAG